AUGGUAUUCACUCUCACUUCGCUGGCGGUAGGACUUCUCGCUGUGCUGGUCUUCUAUAAAGCGGUAAUCUAUCCGGCAUUUAUCUCGCCACUGUCCAAGAUCCCCAAUGCUCAUUGGAGUGUUCCCAUCACACCGGCUUGGAUGCUAUGGAAGCGUUUCACAAGCCGAAACAACCGAACUAUCCAGGCCGUGCAUGAAAAGCUUGGUCCAAUUGUUCGACUAGGUCCGUCAGAGAUCUCUAUUAACUGCGUUGAAGGAGGGAUCAAAGCAGUCUAUACAGGUGGAUUUGAGAAGCAUGAUUGGUAUCCACGAGUCUUCGCAUCAUUUGGGACCGUCAGUAUGUUCACCAUGGUAGGAAGCAAGACUCAUGCAAAUCGGAAGAGGAUGCUGUCAAACAUCUACUCCAAGUCGACCCUGCAAACCUCCCUUCAUUUGAGAAUUGUCUCAAACGCGGUCAUCUUCGAUCGGUUACUACCUAUUCUCGAUAAGGCGGCGAGCUCUGGAACAUCGAUGGAUGUGCAUGAUCUGAACCAAGGCUUGACAAUGGACUUUGUCUCGUCUUAUCUGUUUGGUUUGCAGAAUGGCACAAAAUUCCUGCAGAAUGAUUCGCUCCGAAAGCACUGGCUUCAUCUUUACAUGUGCCGGAAGCCAUUCGAAUUUUAUUCUCAGGAGGUGCCUUAUCUGGACGGUUGGUUGAGACGAAUUGGUCUUCGUGUGGUUCCAAAGUACUGUGACGAGGCCAAUGCAAUGCUCGAUGCUUGGGCCCUGGACUUGUGCGACAAAGGCGAGCAGUCAAUUGCAUCAACUGACCCAGGCGUGGAACCCAUUGUCUACAAGCAGCUAAAGCAGUCUUUGGACAAGAUUUCCACGAAGAACGGAGAAGCAAAGCCAGAUAGAGUCCAGCAGCGACUCGAUAUUGCGUGCGAAUUGUACGACCAGCUGACUGCCGGGUUUGAGACCAGUGCUGUCGCGCUUACUUAUUUGUUUUGGCAAGUUUCCAGAAACCAAGAUAUACAGGAUAAGCUACGCGAGGAGCUGCUUACUUUGAAUCCUCCUGUUUCAUACCCCAAAACUGCUGAAUUACCCCCAGCCAAGGCUAUCGAUAGUCUGUCCUUCUUGGAGGCCAUUGUGACGGAGACUUUGAGACUUCAUGCCCCGAUUCCAGGGAUUCAGCCUCGAGUGACACCAUCUCCUUCUUGUACCCUGGUUGGCUACGCAGACAUUCCGCCCAACACUCGGGUCAGUGCACAGGGAUACUCCCUACAUCGCAACCCAGAAGUGUUCCCAGACCCAGAGAGCUGGCAGCCAAAACGGUGGCUGGAAGCGGAAAACUCCCCUGCCGACCUGGAGGAGAAACGUCGGUGGUUCUGGGCGUUCGGAAGUGGUGGGCGCAUGUGCGUGGGAAAAAUGAAACUGGCCGUGGCUGCGAUUUACACCAAUUUCCGCACCACCAUUGUCAACGACGACAAGAUCGAAGCAAUCGAUGCCUAUACUGUAAAACCCGAGGGCGACAAACUGAUCCUCAAUUUCGCAAGGAUUUGA